AUGACUCUCGAACGUUGGAGGCCAGUGUUGCGCCUCUGGGCGCCCACGCCGUAUGCGACAGCCUUUCGAAACCAAACCAGAUGCCUCCACAGCACGCGCCCUUCGCAUCCGAUACCGUCACCGCGUCCAUUCGUGCCCGACGUGGAAACCUUUCUCAAACUGAUUGGCCGUGGCUUGAGCCGAUACGCAUCCAAGUUUCCAUCGUGGGACUCUCUCUUCUCCCUGACUGGCCCUGAGCUGCAGCAACUCGGCAUCGAGCCAACACGCAACCGCCGCUACCUGCUACGAUGGAUGCAGAAAUAUCGCAAGGGCGAUCUGGGUCCGGGAGGGGACUUUGAAUAUGUCAAGGAUGGCGAGGCGAUCUUGAAGCUCGCCCUCCCGCCUGCGGACCAACUCAAGCAGACCAAGUUCGUGGUCAACGUCCCUCAUCCCGAGGCCGAGGUGGCAGAGCCCCCAAAACUUCUACCGCGUCCCAUGGGCUAUACUGUCAGGGGCGAGAAGACAAUUGCCGGGCCGUACGCCAUGCCGCUCCCGCAGAGUGGCGUCAGCGUCAAGGUCACCGAGGGAAUGUGGGAACAACGCCGCGGCCGUAAGAUCGACGGCGGAGAGCGCAGGAGAUCAGAGGUCUUGUUCAAGAAGCGCUCGGCUGAGAGACGGGCACAGCGCGAGGCUGAUUUGCUCUCCAGGCUGUAA